AUGUAUCGAAUCUCGAACAUCUACGUUCUCGCCGCGUUGGGCACCAUCGGUGGUGCUCUCUUCGGCUUCGAUGUGAGCUCAAUGAGUGCUUGGAUAGGUGUCGAUACCUAUACCGAGUUCUUUAACAACCCGGACUCCAACCUUCAAGGAGGUAUUACUGCUUCCAUGUCUGCCGGUUCCUUCGCCGGGUCUAUCGCAGCAGGCUGGCUCUCCGAUAUCCUCGGCCGUCGCGGUGCCCUGAUGAUCGCAUCUUUAGUCUGGAUUGUGGGAGCAAUGGUUCAGUGCAGCGCUCAAAACGUUACACAUCUGGUCGCGGGUCGUGUUGUCAGCGGCCUUGCUGUGGGUGUAACCUCGUCACAAACCUGCGUCUAUCUUUCGGAAUUGGCACCAGCUCGAAUUCGCGGUCGGGUCGUGGGUAUUCAACAGUGGGCUAUAGAAUGGGGUAUUCUAAUAAUGUACCUGAUUGCAUAUGGCUGUGCCGUUGGCGUGUCGGGACCCGCUGCGUUCCGAAUCUGUUGGGGUAUUCAAGCUGUGCCUGGCCUCAUCCUGUUCGUUGUGCUAUUCUUCUUUCCAGAGUCUCCUCGUUGGCUGGCCGGAAAAGAGCGGUGGGAAGAGGCUCUGGAAACUCUGGCUCUGAUCCACGGCAAUGGUAACCGGAAUGACCCUAUUGUGCAAGUUGAGUUUGAAGAGGUGCAGGAGGCAGCUCGCGUAGCUCAUCAGGCCAAGGAUGUCUCGUUUUUCGCUUUGUUUGGCCCUCGAGUCUGGAAACGAACUAUGUGUGGAAUGAGUGUCCAGAUGUGGCAACAGCUACUUGGCGGUAACGUUGCCAUGUAUUAUGUGGUAUACAUCUUUGAGAUGGCUGGCAUGACGGGAAACACUACCCUUUGGUCAUCAGCCAUUCAAUACGUGCUUUUUCUCGUGACGACAGGUGUUAUGCUUCCGUACAUCGAUCGCGUAGGCCGCCGCAAAUUACUCCUUAUCGGCUCUGUUACGUGCAUGGUGAUCCAUUUCGUUAUCGCUGGUGUAAUGGCCAGCAAAGGACACGCCGUUUCCAAUGUCAAUGGCAACUCCAACCUCACCUGGUCGAUCAAAGGAUCAUCUGGCAUGGCGGUGAUUGCAUUCUCAUACAUCUUCACCUCGGUAUACGGAUUAACCUGGGCUCCCACCGCAUGGGUCUACGCCUCAGAGGUCUUCCCUCUUAAAUACCGAGCCAAGGGCGUUGGGGUCUCUGCAUCCGCCAACUGGAUCUUCAACUUCGCUCUAGCCUACUUUGUCGCCCCUGCAUUCCAUAACAUCCAGUGGAAGACGUACAUUAUCUUUGGAGUCUUCUGCUUUGCGAUGACUUUCCAUGUCUUCUUUACGUACCCAGAAACUGCAGGUCGGUCUCUGGAGGAGAUUGACAUGGUGUUUGAUACGGAUGUCAAGCCAUGGCGGACGAAAACGAUUCACGAUAAAUUUGGAGAGGAAAUUGGCAAGCAUAAAGAGACUGGUGCUGUGAAGGAGGGAAGCGAAGCUACCCAUGCAGAGGUUGUUUAG